AUGUCGUCGUCCAAGAAGAUUCCCGAAUUUCCUGACGUGGAGGAAAAGCUCAAGAGGGCCACCAAGCAGUCCGCAUUCGAGCGCCAAAAGGCAGAGGCAGAGGCCAAGCGCCGCAGAGAAGCUGCUGAAACGGCCGCCGUCUACGAGGACUUUGUCAAGAGCUUCGACCACGACGACGAUACUUCCGAUUCACGACCCUCGAAUUCGCGAUAUGGAAACGACCGACCAGAGAGACCAACACUGGGAGGACAGGCGUUUGGAGGAACGGGCAAGAGACACUUUGGCGUCAACAGUCUCAAGAGUGGUCCCGGCAGUCUAGGGCCACCUCCAACAUCGUUAAAGAGUGGCCCUGGCAGUUUAGGACCUCCUCCAACAUCCUUCAAAAAGAGGUCAUACGAUGACUUCCAUUCCAGUCGCCAGAGACCUCACGAUGAGUCGAGGUCAAGACCAGAAUUUGAGGAGAGAGAGAGAGGUAGGGAUAGGGAUAGGGAUAGGGAUAGGGAGAGGGACUUCGAGAAGAGCUCUUUGCCCGUGUCCAAGGUUUUCAAUGAUAGCGACAACGAGGAAGAAGCGACCGUUAACGGCCGAGCAGAGGAAAAGGCCGUCUCGAAACCCACACUACGCCUUUCCAACCUCCCGCCGAGCACAUCACCAGCCGUCAUCAAGGCGCUAAUACCACCCAACUUGACGGUUGAGAGCGUCAAGAUUGUUCCGCCAUCGGGCCCCCAAGGGACAGAGCGCAAGUCUAUUGCAGCUAUUGUUACCCUCUCCAAGGAAACACCCGCAACAGACAUCGAUGCCGCCGUGAGCGCGCUACAAAAUCGCUAUCUCGGUUACGGUUACUUCUUGUCUCUGCAUAGACACCUGUCGUCGGCCGCUAUAGCGUCAGGCUUGACGGCCAUCCAGACUUCUACAACAGUGUCACAUCCGUUCGGCGCAAAGCGGGUAGAGGAAAAGCCAAGUGGCCAUGGCCCGCAUCACGGAGGCUAUGGUCGCAACUAUGCUCCCCCAUCGCAUUAUGGUCCUCCAGGGGCCGCUAUUAGCAGAAGUGGUCUGCUCCAUGUUCCCGUAAAACCUCCACGAGACAUCAGGACACUCCGGAUGAUCCACAAGGUGGUAGAGUCCGUCCUGGAGCACGGACCAGAGUUCGAGGCUCUUCUCAUGUCCCGACCAGACGUCCAACGAGAAGAGAGGUGGGCGUGGAUCUGGGAUGCUCGCAGCGAGGGUGGCAUAUGGUAUCGCUGGAGGCUAUGGGAGAUCGUGACAGGUUCCCAAACAAAAAGGGGGAAGCCGAAAUACGUGCCCCUGUUCGAAGGAAGCCAUGCCUGGAAAGCACCCGAGCCUCUCGCCUACGAGUACACAACAUCGGUUGACGAGAUUGUCUCGGAUUCAGCCUACGACACGGACGAAGAAGACGACUUUGAGGAUGAACAGAAAGAGCACAACGACCAAGAAGAUACCUUCCUCAACCCCAUAGAAAAGGCCAAGCUAGCACACAUGCUAGCCCGCCUACCUACAACACUUUCCAAGAUCCGAAAGGGAGACAUCGCCCGCAUCACCGCAUUCGCCAUCACCCACGCCAGCCGCGGCGCCGACGAAAUUGUCGACAUGAUCAUCUCCAACGUCGAGUCCCCGUUAUCCUACACGCCCGCCAACCCCGACCACCAACAACACUUCCGCGAACGCGAAGGCCAGGACGGCAACAACAACAACAACAACUCCCGCGAAACCUCUCCCGCACCGGCAGAAGAUAAAGACAAGGAAAAGACCAACGAUUCCACCCACGACCUAAGCGCCGCCCGACUGGUUGGUCUCUACGUAAUCAGCGACGUCCUCUCCUCUUCCUCCACCUCAGGAAUCCGGCACGCCUGGCGCUACCGGCAACUCUUUGAGACCGCUUUACGCGCCCGCAAGACGUUUGAGCUGUUGGGCAUGAUGGCCGACAAGCUCAACUGGGGCCGCCUGCGCGCAGACAAGUGGAAGCGCAGCGUCGGCCUUGUCCUCAGUCUCUGGGAAGGGUGGUGCGUAUUCCCCGUCGAGACGCACGAGUUCUUUGUCAAUAGCUUUGAGAACCCACCUACGCUAAAGGCGAAGGAAGCGCAAAGGGAGGAGGCUGAGAAGAAGGCUGCUGCUGCUGCUACGGGUGGUGGGAAGUGGAAGACUGUUGAUGGUGGGCCUGCUGCCACUACUAUGACUCAAGCUAAAGCUACUGGUUUCUUACCGGUGUCUACACUCCCAGAGACAUCUACCCCAGUCGAUACGGAAGCGGGUGCCGAUUCAGAGUACGUGGAACGGAUGCUAGAGACAGGAGAUACAGAUGGGGAAUUGGCAGCACUGCCACCGAAUUAUAUGCAGUAUAGCUCGGGGACGGACGAGCUGUUUUCGGAUGAAGAUGAUAUUGAUGGGACGCCGGAUGAGGAUUUUAUGGCUCUUUUACGGAUGCUUACCACGGUGGAUGACGGGGAUGUUGUUAUGGGAGAGGCUACGGCUACGGAGACAUCAGCAUCAGCACCACCACCGACGACAGAAUCGAAGACAGUGGCUGGGUUCCAGAUAUCGGCGAACAAGGCUGCGCAGCCGACGAGGAAGCGGAUGCGGGCUGUUGAUAUGUUUGCUGGGUCGGAUUCGGAAGGGGAGAAGAAGUAG